AUGCCGACCUACGGCCUCUCUUCCGUUGGGGUCGUCGCCGCCCGCCUGGGCGACGGGCUCCUGCACGGCGGCGGUGCCCCAGAGGCUGUGCGCGGCCACCACCCCCAGCACCUCACGGGCUGCCUCGCGCGCUUCCCGAUCUGCGGGCCCAAGGCGUCGCGCGGCCGCAGUGGGCACGCCCAGGACUUCAAGGAGCUCGGGUGGCCGGCAAGCGGGGGCAGCAGCGAGUCAACCGACAGUGCGGGAGCCGCGGCGGUGUACCAGGGGCGCGCGUCGCACCCGAAACUCGGCAAGAGCAUCCCCUUGCAGAUCGAGCUCCUCUGGGCCGACGACUGCGCGAGCGGCACGUGGUUCAUGUUCGGCAAGAGCGUGGAGGCCGUGGCCGAGAGGAGCAGCGAGUGGCACCUCGUCGUGCGCUCCGCCGGCAGCGUCAGGUGCGCCACGCUCCGGGGGAGGUGGGCCUCGCACAACCGGGUCGUCGGCGAGUUCUUUUUCGGCGCCGACGGCCGCGGCACCUUUGAACUCCUGCAGAGCCCACCGGUGUCCCUGUCGCCCGAGUGCGCCCGCUGGGGCUGGGGCAUGUGCAGCCGCACCUCGUCGGCUGCGAGCUGCCUGGCCGCCCUGGGCGCGCCGGAGCAGGAGCCAGCCGUGGCUGGCUCGGGGCCGCCGGCGGAGACCAAGGCCGCCGCGGGGCAGCCCCCCGUCACGAGGGCCGCCGCGGGGAAGCAGGUGAUCUUCACCACCGAGGCGCAGCUCGCAGAGGCGCUCGCCGAGGUGCUAAAGACGCACCCGAAUGGCAUCGAUCUGGCGCACCUCAAGACGACCAUCCGCAAGGGCUCGGGCCUGUGGGUCUCCGAGUCGUUCCUCGGCUACAAGAAGUUGACCGACCUCAUCAAGUCCCCAAUCAUGUCGUCUGCGUGCCGGAUCCAGAACUCUGGCAGCUUCAGCCGCGUGUUUGCGUUCGCGGCGGCAGCUGGCAAGGCGAGCUACGACGCGCCAGAAGUGAAGCCCGCUCGCAGUGUGUACUCUCCGCGUGCUUUUAGCCUGUGA